AUGGCCGAUACAGCCUUAGAGCUGGAGGCGCAACGCGUUAGGAAGCUGGAGGCGGAGGCCAUAGCCAUGCAUGAGCUGGCACAGCGGCUUAAUAAAGAGGGCCGCUUCGAAGAGGCCCAGGCUGCCUACGCGUCCAUGCACCGUUUGGAGGACGAAGCUUCCGAGCUAGCGGCCCGAGUGGGCUGCGUGGCGUGCGUACUUGGGGAACCCAGCCAGGACCAGGACCAGCCGUCCUUGUGCACUCUGGAUCCUGCAGUACUGGUGCCGUAUGAGCAGUUGAUUGCAGUCCCGCCCUGGCGUUCGCUCUCAUCCCCUGGCUCCGAAGCCCUGGAGGCGCGCGCUCUCGGCUGUGUGGUGGGAUCAGCCCUGGCGGACGCGGCAGCCAUGGGAGUGCACUGGGUGUACGACAUGACGGUAUUGGACGAUCUUGAGCAGGAUCGGCGGCAACAGCAGCUAACGGCCACGGCCAUCACCUUGGAUGUCUCUCAGUCCGUCUCGCCCCCGUCAUCAUCCUCCGCCAUUUCAGCCUCCUGCCUUCCGAGCCACCCCUUCACGUUUGGACUGGAAUUUAUGGAUCCGCCCAGAAGCCCCUUUUAUUCGUACACCUCCGGCCGUAACUCGCCGUACGGAGAGCAGACGCUAGUGCUGCUGCGCAGCCUGGCGGAGUCAGCCGGCGGAGGCGGCAGUGAAGACGGCAGCCCUCGCGGCAGUGCCGUCGCUGGCCCCGUGGGUUUGCACUGCGGCCAGUACGCGGCGCUGUUCGCUCAGACCUUUGGUCCAGGGAGUGGUUUUGAUGGUUACCGGGACGUAUCGACCAAGGGCUUUUUGCGCAAUUACAGCCGCGGCCUCCCACCUCCGUUGUCGGGCGCUAACGAUGCCCAAGCGAAUUGCGUGGCCAGGCUCGCCCCGCUGGUAGCGGCAUUUGCGGCCGGCCCCACCGCCGCCUCUUCCUCUCCUUCCUCCUACCCAUGCGAUGACGCCACCGAGGGCAAUGCUGCGGCCGGUAACACUGAAUACGGCACUGCCGGCUCCGGAGCUGCUGUCGCUGACGUGGACGGCGGUACGGCCGACCCGCUCCUCCGAUGCGUGGAGUUGGCCACCCGUGUAACUCAAAACACGGACGCGGCAGUGGCGUGGGCAACUGCGGGUGCGGCGGUGCUAGAGCAGUUGUUGCUGGGCUCGACAGCGGAGGCAGCUGUGCGGCAUGUCAUUCAUGACUUAAGAUCUCCCCAAGGCCGCCUGGCGCCGUUCGUGUGGGGAAUGGGUUCGGAGAUUGCGGGGCACCUCGCUCGCGCCCUGGAGCUGCGGACAGAGCCCGUACCUGUGGCAGUGGCGGCGUUAGGACGCAACUGCCAUAUGCCGAACGCGCUUCAGACACCGCUGCACGUGGUCCUGCACAUGAUCGCGGCGUCAUUACGAGACCAUGUCCUGCUGAUGCAACUCGCCUUUCCAGUGGUAGAAGGGAUUCCGGGAGAGGGGGCGUCGACGCACGUGUUGCGGCCCUACCGGCGGAGGCGUACAUGUGGGGUGUGCGGCUAG